GACUGAUAUGGAACUGAAGUAAGGAGUCGGCUCUUUCUUGUCGAACACGGCAGAAAUAAACGGUGACACCAGCUCACCUACGAGCUCCGUACUGACCCUGAGGAUGAAAAGUGUAUAAAUGAUGCUCGCCAUCAUUGUUAGAAGAAACACCUCUGCAGCUCAAAAGUUUUUGCCCUGGUUGGGUCCUGCGCACAGAUGCUGGACUUCAGGCCUGACCGGAGCUUCUUACCAUGGCUCUCUGCAGACCUGCCGGGCCUCAUCUGCAGAAAAGGACAUCGGACUUGCAGCGUGUUCUCCUGUCCAUGGUUUCAUCAAGUCCAGGCCCUUUCUCCUGACUCAAUCCUAUGUGUCUCCAUUUCUUGUGAGAAAUCAAAAUUUCCACUCUUCUGCUGUGAGGCAGAAGAAGCGACAGCAGCCUGAGCCCCCACCAAGGGAGCUGGAUCUACUUCGCUAUGACAUGAAGGACUUGUGGAAAGGUCCCAAACCUGCCAUAUACCUGGGCUUUGCUGGGCUUGUCCCAUUUGUGGUCCCUCCUUUGCUCAUGUCUGUGACUGGAAGCUACCUGCCAGACCUGGCCUAUGCACAGUUAGCUUAUGGUGCCUCCAUUACUUCUUUCUUAGGUGGAGCUCGCUGGGGAUUUGCGCUUCCUGAAACAAGCCCAGCCAAACCUGAUUGGAUAAACCUUGCAAACAGUGUGAUUCCCUCCCUAUUUGCCUGGGCGGCCAUGUUGCUGAGUGAGAGCAUCAUUCCUGCCGCCACCACAAUUAUUAUGGGACUAGGAAUCUCGUUGCAUUAUGACCUGUCUCUGUUGCCCACUUACCCCAGCUGGUUCAAAGCUCUGCGCUCCAUCUUCACCGCAGUGGCAUUUCUUUCUCUAGUCAGUACACUCAUCAUAAAUAACAUGUACCCAUAAAAGAGACUUUUCUCAGACUUAAUUGCACAAGAAUAUUUAAAGUGAGACAUUUCUUUUUAUGUUGGUGAUCCAACUUAAAUGAUUUAAUUGUCCUGUCAUGUUCUAUGCCAGAAGUCUCAAAUCUUUAAUGUAUAUAGUCAGGUUUGCUUCAUAAAUAUGUUUUAAAUGUGAACUACAUAUUAAAACAAACACAUUUAUUUUGAAAUUCAGUGAAAAUCGUCAUGAAUGUUGGUAUUGUGGUAUCACAAUGUGGUUUUGAGUUAUAUCGCUCCACCCCUACUGUUUUUCCCCCAAAAAUUUUUUUCUCUACUGGAAUUUUUCUCACUUGACUGGCCCCGUCCUGACCAGACUAGAUGACUGGAUGAUCUGCAUAAUCUGGCCUGAAGGUUUUUUCGUUCACCCCUAUAUCUAAAAAUACCAAUUGGAAGACUCCAUCUGCCCGUAAUUGUCUGUCAGCUGCAUAAUUCAGAAAGUAAACAAUUGAUUGAAGUAAACAAAAAAACAAAUGUUAAAGUGAACCAAAACUGCUCUCUGCAAACUAUUGGGUAAACUACUUUGAGUUAUGAGAAACAUAGGACCACAAAUAAUCUGUACGAGCAGACGCCUGGUUACAAAGUACUGAGUCCCUUUACAUUCAGGGUCAGGCAGCUUCUGUCACGAGUAUUGACAUCACUGGGGAAAAGAGUAUUACAUAAGAUCUGAGCUGAUCUCUACUUAAAACCCUCGAGGAUCGUCUGCAAACCAUGGCAUGGCUCUGGUGAGAGAUGGUGCUCAGUUUAAAAAAAGAGAGGGUUUUUCAUACAACAUAUUCAUUCAAUUUAAAACACGAUUGAGCACGCCGUCUCCUGUUUGUAUUCAAAUAUGUUUUUAUUACUGAAAACACCGUCAUCUAAUUCACCAAAUUCUGGACAGAAAGGCAAGAACAUUACACAGAAAUCACAUAAGGCACUGACUGUUUACUAAUCUCCUUGAACAUGUAAAAGCAACACUUGAGUGAAAUCCACUGCCAAAAGGAAUAUCUGUGUCUCAAACAUACCUGUGAAGGUCGAAGGUGAGAUUACAGUGAGCCGUGUCAGAAAUGAGCAGUGAGAGACUUUUGGUCGGACUAGUGUUAGACGAGGAGACAGUAAAAACACCUGUGUGGAAGCUAUUAUAGCGGCAAAAAGAUAACUCCACAUUCAAGUACUGUAUAUGUUUUGAAUACGUCCUUGAUUUAAUGGUGAGGUGUCCGAAUAUAUUUGUCCAUAUACUGUAUGUCUGUUGAAGACUUAAAAGCAAAUUAAAGUAAAAAAUAAAUCCUUGAAAUAAAAAAAAAAAAAA